AUGGGGCUCAGGACUCUGCUGAUUCUGCCUCUGCUUGGCUUCAUGCUGAUGGAGUCAGGGUCGGCUCAGAGAGGCGACAGUAGUGUCUUAGCUGAGAGGCUGACCGCGGAGUCAAUAAAGAAGCUGGAGGAGAAGGUGGCGGCUGUAGAGCGAUGGAGGAACGAGACUGAUGCUCUCCAGGCCCGGCUGAAUGACACUGUCGACAUGCUGGAAAGACAGAAGGCUGAAGUGGAGGCUCUGAAGAAGGAGAGCCAAGAAAUGAGAACCAGGCUGGCUGCAUCGGAGGAGGUCAUCAAAACACUCGCACGCAAAACUAACUCUAUUGCGGUUGCAUUCUCCACCUCCUUGGCCAAUGUGGGAGAAGUGUACACAGGACCAUGCACUGAAAAAACCCUGAUUUUCAAGAGGGUCCUCACCAACACUGGCGAAGGUUACGACGUGGACACAGGAGUCUUCACAGCCCCUGUUGAGGGUCUCUACUACUUCAGCUUUAGCACCUAUGGUUACAACACUCACCUCGUGGGGGCCAUUUUGAUGAAGAACAACGAGCGCCAGACGUCCACCUAUGAAAGCGCUUCCAUGGAUGGCUCCGACAGCAGCACUAACUCUGCCGUCCUUCAUCUUGCUGCUGGUGACAGAGUGUACGUCGAACUGUGGGACAACGCUCGAGUGUUUGAUAACCUGAAUGCACACACCACCUUCGCUGGAUUUCUGAUUUAUCCUCAGUUACGCGACUAGGCAUGUUAAUACUGAAUCUGACAGUGCACUGUAAUGUAUCGAUACAUUA